AUGGUCCAACUCACCACUUCUGUUGUUGUCGCCGCCAUCCUUGCGGGCCCUGCUCUCGCUGCGCCUAUGUCACAUACAUCAACACACCCCCGGCGCCAACCACCUCCACCGCCGCGAGCUCAGGAUCCACAAAGGGACCGUUUCCCACCGGGUCAGGGCGCCAAUGUCUGCAGCGUCCCGGCGCCGCGUGUCGUGACCUUCGAGGCGCUCGAGGACCUGAUCGCACGCGAACCCAUCCUGAAGAAGGUCCUCGGCGUCGCGAAGAAAAUUGGCGGUACUGCCGUCAAGGUUGCUGGCGCCGCCCUGUCCGCUCGUGAAUUCGAGGAGCUGGAGGAGCUCGCCGCUCGUGACCCCCUCGUUCGCAAUCUCGUCAAAAAAGUCGCCACCGCCGCGAAGAGGGUCGGCAAGAAUCUGAACCCAAUGCCUCCUCUCGGGCGCGAUCUCGAGCACGUUGAGGACCUGGAAAUGCGCGCCAUCCCUCGCAAGGGUCGCGGCAGAUCUUCCUCCAGGACGGCAUCGUCAUCUACCAAGCCCGUCGGCCCCUCCGCCGAUAUCAUGGCCCGGGAGCCUGAAGACCUGGAAGAGCUCGCUGCUCGUGACCCGCUCGUUCGCAAUCUCGUCAAAAAAGUCGCCACCGCCGCGAAGAAGGUCGGUAAAAAUCUCAACCCAAUGCCCCCUCUUGGUCGCCGCGAGCUCGAAGACCUGGAAGAGCUCGCUGCUCGUGACCCCCUCGUUCGCAACUUGGUCAAGAAAGUCGCCACCGCCGCGAGGAAGGUCGGCAAAAAUCUCAACCCAAUGCCCCCUCUUGGUCGCGACCUCGAGAACGUCGAGGAGAUUGUGGCCCGCGAAUACUACGACGAGCUCGAUUAA